GCUUCAUACUAAUCCGAUCCCGUGUAGAAAUCCAACAUUAAAUCCCAAACUUUUUCUGCCUCUCGUCUCCGUUUCGCCUGCUCUCCCUACACCACCCCCAUCGUCGAGCCGUCCGCGGCGCACGUACUGCGCUUCAACUAGCUUUUUAGCCUUUAAUUCUUUCGCCAAUUACGGCUCGGAGCGCUUAAAAUGAUAGUUUAAAUGACCAUGUGUUGCACCGUAAGUGUUUAAGGUAUGGAUCGGAGCGCUAGGACGCGUCGAAAGCUGGUCUGCUGGGCGGCGAGGAGGAGGGGGUGCGAGUGUUUUCUAACACAUCUGUAAACGGAGCCACGUUCAUUAAUUAAAUGGCUUUAGUCCGGCUAGGCCUCAAUUUGCGCUGUUGAGCAGCAGGCGGCGGGUGGUGCAACACUACAUGCCCGAUUGGCAGCCCGCAAUCAGCAGGGAGGAGUCUGGAGAGAAGGUGAGCAGUGAAAGCAAUGGGGUGGCAGAUUGGCUGUGCCCUCUGUGCCAACAAGGGCAAACAGACAGGACCUUGCUGUCUUUACAUCUUACUGAGCAACACAGUGUACUUCCGUCUUGUGUGGAGCGACUGCUGGACAUUGCUGUUCUAAAACAGGGUGCCAAUAGAGGAGAAGAGGACAAAGGUGCACAAAAGUUGUCAGAUGCUGAGUCUCCACAGCCUGAGCACACUGAAGACAUCAUGUCGUAUCCAUGUCAGUCUAGUGAGACUUCAGACUCGACCCAGCCCCUUCUAAACAAAGAAAUGGAGGAAGAGAGAAUAAAUGAAGAGGGAGGUGAGGUAGAGUCAGAGGAGGCAGAAAAGCAGCUCACGGAAACCAAACGGCAAAAUGCAACUGAAAACACAGAAGUCCCAGACACCAGUGAAGUGGGUAACAAUGGUUUACCAGCUGAAAAUAACACGCAGUCAUUCAAAUGCAAUGCCUGCCUGGAAAGUUUUCCCAGCAGAACUGCCUUGAGUGUUCAUUACAACUCGGCAUCUCACAUUCAGAGAAUGACAACAGGCUCUGCAAAACAACCUGCGGUAAGUGAUGCACAGCCUCCUUCAGUGCCCGUGCUGUCUCGGCCAUACAUAACAAACAAACCCUACCAGUGUGCUACAUGUAGAGUCUCUUACAAUCAUGCCACCACCCUGGAGAGCCAUAUGAAGUCUGUUUUGCAUCAGACCCGGAGCAGAAACAGUGCAGUGGCUACCCCUAGCCUAGGAGCCGGCACAAGCAGCACUCCAAACACUGUCGUAAGCACAUCUGGGAGCGGAACCGCUCAGUUAGUGAACACCUCUAACUGCCCUGCUGCAGCGACUGCGAUGGUGAAUGCCACAAAAGAUGGAGAGCUGAUUCAAACUUCACAAGUGGCUCCUUCCCUCCUCACCUCUCCUGUGGCCUCAGCUCAAGCCGUCUCAGCCUUCCUUACUCUCCUCACAUCGAGUCCCAACACUCUCUCGCACCCCCUCAUCCCCUCCCUCUUUGCGACUGGUGCUGCUACAGGUGCCGCUACACCUCAGCUCGUGCCUCAGCCUCCAAUGGUCAUGCCCUUGAUCCUGAACGGGCUCCAAGCCCAAACCCAGCAGCAAGAGAACCAGCAAGGCCAGCUUCUCACCCAGUGUGUGCCAUUAGUAGGCCUCACCACACCCCAGCAAGCCGUCCUAUCCCAAAGACUUAACAGCUUACAAAACCAGUGGCCCUCUGCAGGAGUUCCAACAAACAUGCAGCCCUCCCCAGAAGAGCAAAAACAGACUAUAAAGUGUGAGAAAGAACAGGAGAAACAAGACCAUGAGGAAUCAUUUAAAAAGAAGGCCUUGGCUCAGAUUGAGGAUGGGGAUAAAACAGACAAACUACAGGAAGAGGACAGUAAAGAAUUUUCACCACGUCCCAAUAUAGAAAGCAAGAUGAAGGUUGAGAUUAAUGAAGACAAUGGGAAGGCACACAGAGAUAGCACAACAGAUGGAGAUGCUGCGACUGAUCAGUUGGACCUGGAAGGUGAUAAAGAAGCUAGACUGAAUCUCUCUCCAGUGGGCACAGAGAAGAGCCUCCGCAAUAAUGUCUCGCCUUCUGCAUCCGUGCCCAGCAACUCAAGCCUCAGUCCUUUGAAUUUAAACCUUACGCUCAGCCCUGAUUCCACUCCUCAGAAAUCGGGCACUAGCCCUUGUGGUUGUCCUGGCACCCCAAAAUCCAGCUCGAAUACACAUGCCUUAACUUCCAACCAAACACAGUCCCAUUGUAGCACAGUGGGCUCUAUUUAUCCAGACCUUCCAGUGCUGUCAGAGUUCCAGUCAGAGGUUCUCUGGGCAUUCUUUGAGUCACGUAGUGAGGCUGAUGUUGCAAGCCCUCCCCAUGAGGAUUGUGAGGCACUGGGUAGAGAGGUAGGGCUCUCUGAGGAAGAGGUACGACAAUGGUUAAGCCAGGCCCGACACGCCAAGCAGAGGCCGAGAGUAACAGAGUUAGAACAUCGCCAAGGCUUGUCUGGCUUUACAAGCCAUGGCCAAAGCUCUGACUAUGAUGACGAGGAAAGCUCACUGAUCAUAGCAGAAGGUGAAGAUGACACUGAAGCUACGAGGAGUCAGGCAAUAGAUUUGUCUAAUACAAGAGGGAAACGCAGACAGAGAGACUUUGGGAGAGAGGUUCAGGGGGACACUUGUCUAACAUCUGACUCAGAAAAUGAGGUUUACACUUCAGUCAUUAUGACUGAUGAGGAAAGUCAGAAUGAGUCCUUGAGGGAUGGUCCUGGAAGCCCUGCUAAAAGUGAACCACAGCGAGAGGCCCAUAGUGAAAAGGGUUCUGUGGGAGGAAAGGUCCUGCGCUCCACUACUGUGUUUCUCUCAGAUGCAGAGGAUGAGUAUGAAGAUGAGGAUAGUGGAGGGGGUCAGAGGGCGAAACGGAAAAAAAGAGAGGGUGAGUUUGAGCGUGAUGAGCUGAAGGAGAGACAGGAUUCAGAUGUGGAUCUAGAGUUGGAGGCCCAAGGGGAUCCUCCAAGCUCCCAGUCUUUAUCCAUGGACCAUCCUGAAAUCCCAACCAGCACUCUGCAUCCUCUUCCCUUAUCCAUAACUCCCUUUUCUGCUCGGUUCUUUAGUCCCUAUGUCCUUUCUGUUAGUCCUUCAGGGGUUGGAGACGGGAACAAAGUACCUGUCUUUCCUCACCCAAUAACCACCACCACUUUCUCCAGUUCUCUACUCUCACAGUGUCACUCCUCACGCAACCAGACAUCUCACUACCUGUCUAAUGGUGGUGGUGACUGUGAGUCUGCUCUUGACCUCAGCAUGGGAAAGAACAAUUCAAAAUGUGCAUCCACCUCAUCUCUUUCUGAUAAAAUAGCAGCACAAAAGGGCCAGUUGCUGGACGGGCUGGGCCUGAGGCCCACAUCCAAAGGUCUGGUGGUCGUUCAAGUUAAGUCUGAACCGGUUUCUGCCAUGCCCUCCAACAGCAACACAAGCCUGGUUAACUGUAAUAACAUGGCGAAGUCUAGCAUGUACAUGAGAGCAGCAGAGAAAAUGAAUGCUAAGUUAUCAGAAAGGGAACAUGGGCAAGAAAGAGAAAAGGAGCAAGAACAACAGCAGAGGAAGUCGAAAGGAAAAAGGUAUCGAGAUAUGCGACGCUCAAGAACCAUAAUACAAGCUGAACAACUCGACAUUCUGUAUGGCUGCUAUUUCAAAGAUCCAAAUCCUGGGAAACAUGAGUUCGAACAGAUUUCUGAGUGGGUUCAUCUUCCAAAGAAGGUUGUUCAGAUUUGGUUCCAGAACAUGAGGGCCAGGGAACGAAAGGGUGAGGUCAGGUUCAUCAGCGACGGCACCUUGGCAGCAGUUGGCAAACCUUUGAUCAAAUUUACCUGGCCACUUUCCAAACCUAUUUUCUCUAACAAACCUGCUCCAAACAAUACUGGGUGCAUUACAGCAAGUCCAAUUGUUCGCACACUUGUGAAGACAGAAAGGGAGUCUGUAAAGGAGCUGGGGAAGCCAAGCCUGGUGAAAAAAAUAAUCCCAGUUCCCAUCAAGCCCAAGGAGGUGGUUUCCUCUACUCUAGUCUCUCCUGUGAGCAGCAGUGCCUCUGCAGUGCCAAAGACAAAACUCGAAACCACCAGCAAUAUCACUAUGGUCAAAGUCACACCAAAAGUCAGUGGACCUGUCCUUUUAGCGCCACCAAAAGAUCUCGUCCCUAUUGCCCCGAGGCCAGCUCAUAAACGGAAACUAGAGGAUGAGAGUGAAGACGAAAGGACUGAUGAGGAGAGAGACAAUGAAAAUGAGAUGGGUCCUGGACCAGGGGCCACUAAUCGCAUGGUGCCCAAGUUACCCACAACUCCAAUAAACAACAGGCCUACUGCCGUAGGCGUGGUACCACAGAAACAGAACGGGCUCAACUACUGGACUCCCAAAGGCCCCAUUAAGAUCAACACUCUGUCGAGAGAGCAGCUGGCUCUUCCAACACACACGCCUCCACGUACCAUCCACCCCCCUCCAACCCCUAGCAUCGCACCGGUCAGUCCGAAUACACCCAGUGCUGCCAAAGUGGCCAGUCCCACCACACCAGUCUCAACCAAGGCGAUUCCAAACGAAAGCAGCUUUUUGCCCCACUCGUCCAGCCGUAGGCCACGCACACACUUGUCCUGCCUACAGCUGUCUAUCCUGCAGUCGUGUUAUGAGACCUGUGCCCACCCUAAUGCUAUGGAGUGUGAGGCGAUUGGCACUGAGCUCAAUCUACCACUAAAGGUGGUGCAGAUUUGGUUCCAAAAUACCAGAGCCAAGGAAAAGCGCUGGAGGCUGCAGCAAGAAAAAAUGUCUCCCCUCUCAGGUGGGAAGGUGGACAUGAGCUCGGCGAGCUACCUGCAGUACAGCGCUUUUAAAGCCAAUCGUCCUAUUCUGCCCAAACCCGUUCAGCUGUCAGUUACUGAAUCUCCAGCUUCCACGGUGGCUGGCCAGCCUGUGGCAAAGGAGACCCUGACGGGCCGCUGCGAUGCCUGCAAUGUCUCCUUUGAGUCCCGAGCCGCAGCGAGGGCCCACGUCUUCUCCCCACAUCAUCUGGCAACUCUGAGAACCACUAAUUUUGGCCAGCCCACAACACUAGUCAACAAAAAUGGCACCAGUAAUGACGGACCUGGUGGCACAAUGUCAGCCUCGCAGGUCUCUCACACUGCUCUGGGAAACUCUUCCAGUGUUGGUUCUGGAGCGGAGAGGGUUAUCGAGUCGUCUCCACCAACGACUACCAGCAACAGUUAAACUCCAGAUCAGGAUUGGUCUAAAAACUGACUAUUCUUGGGCCCGUUUGGGAUCCUCUGAUUUUAACAAACAAAUUUGAGCACUAAUCCUCAAAAACUAAUAUUAGGUUCUGAAGUUGGCUGCCCACCCUGCCCUGCACCCACUACCCCUUUGCCCAGCCUUCACUGACUCAAACCAUUCACUUCGGAUCCAAUACACAAAAGCCUAGCUUCCAAGCUGCUUCUCACUCAGUGGCUGUCUGAUAAGUGAUGAACACAUCCCAGGCCUCCCUCCAUUCUCACACACUUUUUCCAUGUUUCUGGUUGUAAGCCUGUGGUUACGUAACACUUAACUUCAACUUCAAUGACCUUCCUAUAAUUUGUAAAGACGCUUGCCGUGCUUGAACUGUUUUCCCCUAAAGACUGAUGCAAAUGUUUUUCUCUUUGGAAGUGGCCAUUUGACGCUGAUGCCAAGGCAAAGCAAGACUUUUUGGGAUAUUAACAUGAAAUACUCACAUUAAUAAGUCCCUGUUUGCUCCUGUGGAAAUGUUUUUUUACGCUUCCUUUUACUUCUACUGCAAUGAAUUGUUGGCUACACCAUGUCUGGACUGAACCAUUGGGAGAAUAACUGAUGUUGACUGUCACUGUUUAAUUUGCUACAAGAGUGUGAUCCGAUGAGUCUUGUCUACUCAUUUGGACAAUAACUAGAGGUACUUUAGAGAGAACAGGGCUGUCUAGUUUCCCCAUUUACAUGCUCAUAGUUUUCCUGACAAUCCAAAUAAACAGGGCAAAAAGAGGCUGAGGAACAUAGAAUCCUGGCGUUAUCGCACUUUGAUACAUUUUUAGAUUGUUUGAAAAGUUUUUAACGCAUUCUAAUGCAAGUGUCUUUUUAUGGAAAGAUACAUUAAUGCAUGGUGGAUGCCUUAAUAUAAGUCAUGUAAUUCUUUUUCAGCUACUCUUACUAAAUAUGUUUUAGAUAUAAAAGUAAUAUUGUGCUAGAUCUGGAAAAAGAGCUCUUUUCCAAAAUGUUUUUAUCCAUUUUUUUGGGAGGGAAACACCAAAUGUCACCUUCUCUAUCUACAACAUAGACAAUCUUGACUUUAUAGUUAACAGCAUUCUGUUGGCCAAGGUCUAUAAUAACAGCCUUUUUUUCCCCCAGACAGCAGAAUUUUUUUAGACCUUCUGUCCUAAUGUGUAUAUCUCAUUUGUGGACAUACAGCUCUUGAAAUCACUAGGACGAUAUUUAUAAUGGCCUUGAACAAAAAUGCCCCACCAACACCAGAAGCAUUAAGCCAAGCCCUGUAAUAGUUUGUAACUUUUAAUAUUAAAAGUCUGAGGUAAUAGAAAUUUGGUGCAGAGGUUCAGACCAAUGUUUUCCAUGUUUUUUAUGGUUUUGUUUGCCACUAAGAGUAUUUAAAAAAUAAAAAUAUAAUUUCAUUUUGAUUCUUAUAAACAUUAAAAUAGAAACAAUUAUAAACUGUAUAACAAAUUUCUGUAUAGGUCAAAGCCAAACCUGUGCAAAUAUUGAAAGACAGGGCUUGAGAGAGUGUUUCCAGGAUACUUUUGUCCCCUUUUGUUAAUUCUUUUUCAGUUACUAAUUCUAAUAACCUACAUGCUGUGCAAUGAUAUUUAAUAUCUGGAAACCAUUACAAGGGAUAAAGUUGGGUAUUACUAGUAUCCUUAAGGAAAGGAAGGAUACUUAAAAUCUAGAAAGCAAAUUGGGGAAAAAUUAGACGUUGAGUGAGAGGUAAUGAGAUGGUGCUGCAUUGAAGGACGUAUAACAUACUAAAGGUGUUCUCCUUCAAUUUAAUUUGUACAUUAAUGUUACUAUUGAUAGUUUUAACAAAAAAUGCAAAACUAAAACAUGAGCUUUUGUAAAGAAAUAUAUAAAAAAUAACUGAUAUUCCAAAGUAAUCCUCCCUUUGCUUUCUGUCAUUCAAAAACCAAAAAGCAAUCUUGAGGUUGACAGAUGGCAAGAGAGGUGUUCAUAAAUGCAAACUGUAAAGGACAUCCCAUGACUUGACACUUGGCACUAGUCCACAAUUUCAUUUGCACAAGCUACAGAUAUUUCAAGCAAACAUAGCCAUUAACAUAAGUCACACAUUGUGGGUUUUGAAACACAAAGGGGUAACCAUGUGCUUUCAUGAGUAAUAAUUUCUAUACCUGUUGGAAACUGUAUCUUGUGUGAAGCAAGGACUGGAGCGCUUGAACCUCAUGACUGGGAUCACUCGCACACACACAAAAACACGGUGUUGCACUGUCCAAACUAGAUAGGUUUUUAUGGAGAUCUGCUUUUUAUUCUCUUUUUUUCAUUGUCACUUUGAUUAUCACUAUUGUUAUAACUGUACUACUACUUAUACGAUUUAUCAUUACUACUAUUCAUCACUGUUUUUGAUUAUUAUUGAUCCAUAAUGGUUUUAAAUGCCAGCUCUCAGCUCAGAGGAGAAUGGUAUUUCUUUGAAUAUUGAACAAUAAUAGUGGCAGUGUUGUUAUGAAUUGUUAGAGUUUUGAUUAAGCUUAUUUUUUUCCUCCUCACUUGUACCUGCCUUUUUGUGUUUGGUCUCCAUUAUGCUUUCUUUGAUAUACAGAAAUAGAAAUAAAUUCAGUUGAACAACAAUGCA